AUGACAACGUCUUACCAUCCCCAAGCAAAUGGUCUCGUCGAAAGGCUACACAGACACCUCAAAGCAGCGUUACGAUGCCACGGGGAGGCCUGGUACGACGCAUUAUCUACGGUGCUCCUCGGACUGAGAACCGCAUGGAAAGAAGACAUCCAGACAACACCAGCCGAGUUGACCUAUGGAGAGUGCAUUCGUGUGCCUGGAGAAUUUUUGGCCUCAUCAAAUGACAGAAUCACAGCGCCAUCACUGGUAAAAAGGCUUCGAGCUCACUUCCGCAAUGUCGCACCUGUACCAAUAUCACGACACGGAACGCGAGCCACCUUCGUCUUCAAAGACCUCUCGACAUGCACUCGAGUGUUCGUACGUACGGACAGUCUCCACAUGGCGUAUGGAUCACCAUACACAGGUCCAUACAGAGUGGUCAGCAGAAAUGACAAAUACUUUGUCAUUUGGUUUCGAUCAGGGGGACUCGGAAACUACAAAAACACUCCCAUCUCUAUCGAUCGACUGAAGUCUGCAUACAUCUUGCCAGAGGACCUACAACAAUUGCCAGAGCAACAACCGCCAACCGAGCAACGACAGGACGAGCUUCGAGAUGAACCAACACCAUCUACCAGCGCUCGCACUACUGCUCCACCCACGAGCACCAGCAAAAGACCAAAACG